UCUCUGUUUUUUAUUUCAGCGAAGUAGCAUUCUUGCUGAAACAGAACGAAUGCACCAAGAAUUCUUUACCCACGGCACGGUUGUUCAACCCUCAGGAGAAAGUUCAUAUGGUAAUCCUUUACCAUACACUUCUCCUAGGGGUCAUAAGCAAGGAAACGAGUUUGCAUCAUGGGCCCAUGUCAGUACCCAAAACCAACAUCAACAGAAUUCAGACGAGAACCAACAUGUUACCCAGCAAAGUCAGGGAGGCAGACAGAAUCAAGAACAUGUGAAACAGAAGUGGAAUCCUCAAGGAAAAUUUAAUGGGCAAGGAGGAUUCCCACCUCCACCAAGAGGAGGUACACCAGCAUUUGUAAGGGCAUCACCACCAUCAAUCUAUGCUCAGCAUAUUCCAGUUCAGCAUUAUUUUUAUCCUAUAGCAUUUACUGACUUGCCACCACCAAUGAUGUAUCAUCCACAUCGUAUGCCCUUCAUCGACCCUCUUGCUGUAUUGUUUCCAUCUCAAAAUCCGGACCGCAUGCCCUUUAUCGAGCCUCCUCCUGUCUUGGUCCCAUCUCAGAAAGCUCCCCUCAAAACCAAAAUACUGAAUCAAGUUCAAGAAGCUCCCCUCAAAAUCAAGAUACUGAAUCAAGAUAAAAAAGCUCCCCUUAAAACCAAGAUACUGAAUCAAGUUCAAUAUUAUUUGAGGUAAUAUUUUUUUUUCACUUCAAUACAUAUUAUUUGUGU